AAACGGCCCCGUGGCGCUCUCGGGCGCAGAGCAGGUGCUGCUGGCCCUGGGCGCGGGCCAGUCGCUAAUCCCCGCGGGUGCAGCGAGGAGUCGCCAUAGCCAGCGGCAGGAGUCCCCGGCGGCGGCGCCUUUCGCAGGACCCACACUCCGGCCCCUUGCCAUGGAGAGCAGCCCCCCUUCUCCUGCAGAAGAGCCUCGCGGGGCGCAGAGCCCGGAGCCGCUCGGGGCAGAGGGCUCCCAAGAGCCGGAGGAGGGAGGGAGCGAGGAAGGGGCGACGGAGGAGAAGUCCCCCGGCCCCUGGCGGAAGGAGGGUGCAGCAGAAAGAGCAGCUGAAGGGAAGGGCCAGGAGGCGCCCGGGGACCGGGGCGCGGCGGAGAGCGGCGGAGAGGGGGAAGAGGAGGCAGGAGCAGGGAGCCCCGAGGGGCAACAGCAGGAGCCUGCCCCAGCGCACAGCCCAGCAGGGGAGCGUGCGGAGGAAAGGGCCGAAGGAGACGCCGGGGGAAGCGGGAAGGGCGAAGGACCUGCAGAGCUCGCCGCAGAGGAGAGCACCGGAGACGGGAGCCCGGGGCCAAGCCCCGCGGGGGAGAACACCGGAGACGGGAGUCCGGGGCCAAGCCCCGCGGGGGAGAGCACCGGAGACGGGAGUCCGGGGCCAAGCCCCGCGGGGGAGAGCACCGGAGACGGGAGCCCGGAGCUGAGCACCGGAGACGGGAGCCCGGAGCCAAGCCCCGCCGAGGAGAGCACUGGAGACUGGAGCCCGGGGCCAAGCCCCGCGGAGGAGAGCACCGGAGGAGGGAGCCCGGGGCCAAGCCCCGCGGAGGAGAGCACCGGAGGCGAGAGCUCGGAGUUAAGCCCCGCGGAAGGGGGACCCGCAGAACGUGCAGCCCCCGGGGCAGAAACCCCCCGGGCAGAAGAUCCUGCAGAGGCUGCCGGGGAGGAAGAAGAGCCUGAAGGAGACUCUGGGGAGGACGCGAGAGAGGAAGAAAAGCCCGGGGAUGUGGCAGGCGAGGAAGGAGCCGCCGAGGGAGAAGAGCGCGAAGAGGAGGAGAGAGAGGAAGAGGAUGGCAAGGAAGAUGCAACGGCAGAAGCAAAGCCCGAUGAAGGGGAGGAUGCAGCUGAGGACGAAACUAGGGCAGGAGAAAGUCCGGAAAGCACUGCACCAGCGGGAGCAAAUCCCGAAGACACUGAGCCAAGCGAAGAAAGCCCCGCGGCAGGAGACGUCGCAGGCCAUGCAACCGAGGAAAUACCAGCAGCAGAAGAACACGCAAGCACAGAGGAUGCUGCUACAAGAGAAAGCCCAGAGGACACCCCAGGUGGGGAUGAACUGAGCAACCACCUAACAGAGCCACAUGCAACCGGGGAGCCUGCGGGAGCGGAGAGAGGCGAAGAAGCCAUGAACCUGAACGGCAUGCAGGGCAGGGGCGAGGGAGAGGAAGAGGAUGAGGCGAGCACACCUGGUGAACCCGGGGAAGAGACGCAAGAGCAUGACAUCUCCCUCUUCGUCAAGGCUGGUAGUGACGGGGAAAGCAUUGGAAAUUGCCCAUUUUCUCAGCGUCUCUUUAUGAUUCUGUGGCUGAAAGGCGUUAUAUUUAAUGUAACAACUGUAGACUUGAAAAGAAAACCUGCAGACUUACAGAAUCUAGCCCCAGGAACAAACCCUCCCUUUAUGACUUUUGAUGGUGAAGUGAAAAUUGAUGUCAAUAAGAUCGAGGAGUUCCUAGAGGAAAAAUUAACACCACCAAGAUACCCCAAACUUGGGCCAAAGCACCCCGAAUCUAAUUCUGCAGGAAAUGAUGUGUUUGCAAAAUUCUCUGCUUUCAUAAAGAACACAAGAAAAGAUGCUAAUGAAAAUUUGGAAAAAUCCUUACUUAAGGCUCUAAGGAGGCUGGAUAACUAUUUAAAUACCCCCUUGCCUGAUGAAAUUGAUGCCUAUAGCACUGAAGACAUCACUGUUUCCAGCAGGAAAUUCCUGGAUGGAGAUGAGCUCACCUUAGCAGACUGCAACCUCUUACCAAAGCUCCACAUCAUUAAGGUUGUGGCAAAAAAAUAUAGGAAUUUUGAGUUUCCAUCUGAAAUGACUGGGAUCUGGAGAUAUUUGAACAGUGCUUAUGCUAGAGAUGAAUUCACAAAUACUUGUCCUGCCGAUCGAGAAAUUGAAUUUGCAUAUUUGGAUGUUGCAAAGAGAAUGAAGUGAUGGAUUAAAAGAUAUCUCUAUUCUACAUUUCUUCAGAGAGCUGGAUGGGAACAAACCAAGAUAAAAACAGAGUACAUUAUGCAGCAUAAUUUUAAAUUCUGUGACUGGCCAAUCCUUUUCUUUUCUUGCAUUAUAUUAAGCUCAGUCUUAAAUUAUAUGUAUGUCUGCUUGUGUGUGUAUACACAUGCGUGUGCACACGUGCACACACACACACGUGUGUUACGCAUUCUGUGUUAAAGGUAUCAGAUCAAAAUUCAAACAUUUGUUGAAAUUACAUUAAUGGGCUAGGCGCACAAUUAUUACAAUGUGGCUGGUUACUCAUGGAAAAAACACUUAAUUUUGAGAGUAAUAUUCCCUACUUCUUAAACAUCUAGCGUGCUUAUUGCUGCCCCUAAUUUCUCAGUUUAUUUCAGCGCUAUUGUCAAAACUGACAGUUGACCUAGAGAUUUGUCUGAGAGGCAGAGGAACAUUUUUCUCUCAAGAUGUACCUAACAGAAAGUAUCUGUGACCUUCUGGGCUGCAUAAAUCUUGGAAGACAGCACUAUUGCUGUUGGCUGCACACUAGGCUGGUUUAUCCAGGAGAAAGAUCUGGUUUGAUGUGGAACCAACUCCCUCUUUCAAAAGCAACAACUCUAUAUGCCAAGGAGCUGUGGAUCAGUUCAACAAAAACCCUGUUUCUCCCACUGCACAAGUCCCUAUUCUGUAUAUGUCUAGCCCUCAUCUCUCUAAGAUCUGCACAACCCAGGACUUCCUCCUGCCCUAGAAGUGGAGAGGAAUAAAUAUUGCAGCUGACCUGUGAACUAUGCAAUAAAGUUACUUGGUAUAAGUGAAAAGAGAGGGGUCCUGCCCCCUGCACUGGGAGAGGAAAUGGAAAACCUCCCAGCCCCGAUUACUGAACUGAGGCCCCCUCCUCGACCCCUACUUGGUAUUAGAAAGUAAUGAACAUGGGUGCAGGAGGGCUAUUUAGGAGGUAACCCUUUCCUUCUUCCUGACUGAACUCCAGAAUGUGCUGUACAACCAGUACCAGUGAGACUACCCCAUUCCCUUGGAACAGGGAACAUACCAUCAGAGGUCUAUGGAACAUGAUUGGGUUACAGCCACAGAGGCUGCUUUCUGUUGGUACAGCCCUCAGAGGCACAACCUGUGCAAACCACAGCCCCUGCACUUGCCUAGGAGCAAGAGCUCCAGCCCAGCUACCAAAGCUGUGUUAUCCCUAUGGUCACCAGGGGGGCGGUCUCUGAUGCUUUUGCACGAUAUAUUUUUGAUAGGGUUAUGUGUAACUAAACAUGCAGUAGAUCUAUGCAUACUAGAUAGAUAUGAAAUAGAUCAAAGGGUCUAAUAGAAUAGCUAAGUUUAAAAAAAAAAAACCUCUAUUUUAGAAUAGACAACCUAUUCCAUAUCAAGCAGACAUCUACUUUUCUUACAAGUUUUACUUGAUUGUAUAUUUCCAGUUUUCAGGUAUACUUUGAUUGCACUGUUCAAUUAUAAAAAUACUCAGUUCUGAUGCAUAUCUUGUAUCACAGUUAUUUUUAAACAGUGUUAAAUAUUGAAUUUUUAUUUUGUUUUCUUUAGAGAAAACAGACACUUAAACCUGUUUUGCAGUACAGAACUUAAAUACUGGGGUUGAUAGCUGAGCAAUCACUCACCAAAUGUUACUAACUGCUGCUUUGUAUUUUCCAACAUACAUAUAUAUAUUCUAUAUAAUCUUUUCAUAUGCCUUACAAAUUUGAACAGAAAAUACACAAAUUGAUAAGUAAAUUGAAUAUCCUGUGUUUAUUUCAGUGCCAGUUUCCUGACUACGUGCAGUCUAUCAUUAGCCGGGAUUUUGAGAGAGAGAGAUUAACAAAACCUUGAUUUGUCUUUAAGAACUGGAAGAACAUUUUAGGCCCCGUCCUGCAAUCAGUCCCACACGGGUGCAAGGAUCUGCACACACAGAUCUGAUUUCAGGAUUCAAUCCCCAGUCUUGCUGUGUGUGUGUGGCUUAUUGCUGAUUCAACUGAUAAUGGUUUACUGUGUUAGCUACAUUUUUUAAAUCAGUAAAGACUAUCAGCUGUUAUCCACCUUUAAUCAAUAUGAAAUUCAACAUUACUAUGUAAUACGGUCUGUUGUAUAGCAAUAUUGUAUGUGCUUUACUUCUUUUUUUUUUUUGCCUUGAGUUCAUCUGGGGCCCUCACUUAGACACAAACCACCCUCAAGUUUAUGCCCUGUGCUCUUCUGAGCCUGCAGUCUCAUUCCUUUCAGCCAAAGGGGGCAUACCCUGGAUAUGUAGAAAGUAAAAUAAAUAAAUAUAUAUAUAUAUUUAAAAUCCUACAUCAUUCUGAAGUAUAGUUUGCUGAGAUGGAGGGGCUUUGUCCCUGGAUAAGACUGAAAUCUGUUUUUUGUUAUUCCCAUGCUCCUCUCCCAUCCAGCUGGAGGAAGAGGUUUAUGGCCCCAAUCCUACAAUUCAUUUCUCCUGGGUGGAGUAAAUUGCAGGAUUGGGGCCAACCUCAGCCUCAUAUAUCGUGCUACUGAAAGAACAGAAUACAACCGGGAGUUAAAGAUUUCAGGAAAUAUAGUUAGAUGAUAGUAUAAGCAGGGAUGGUCAAAAAGUGUAGAAAACUGAAAAUUUUUCAUAGUUUUUUGUGAAGCAUUUUCAUUUAAAUUUUAAAAAAGAUUUAUAUUAUAUAAUGAUGGUCAAAAAUAGCAACAACUUUUCACAAAAAAUGCAAAAAUAAUUUCACCUACAUUUCAAACAAUGGAAAGUUCUUGAUCAACUCUAAUUAGCUGUCCAAUUAGGGUUGCCAACUUUGGUUGGAUGAAUUCCUGGAGGUUUCAUCACACAACAUUAUCUUUAAUUAAAGAUGAAUCUUUAAUUCCUGGACACUCCAGGACAGUCCUGGAGGGUUGACAAUCCUAUGUCCCAUACAUAUAAAUGAUACACCAGAUUGCAACACAUGAAGCCUUCACAUUUGUGAUGGGCUUUAAAAGCAGAAUGAGAAAGACAUAUUCUGUGACAGGCCAGCUAGGGCAGGAAAGGAUUCCACACAGCUCAUUGGGGGCAUGCCUCACGGUAGAACAGAAAACUAAAUGCCCUGCCCCUUUAAAAGCCAAUUGCAACAACAACAACCUGUUUUCCCUCAGCCAAAGCAAAGGAUUGCUUUAAAAAAAUCCCAGAGGGAGGGAUAAGACCUCACCUCAGCGCCAGUCCCCUUCAGAGAUCCAUCUUCUCAUGACCACAUUCACCUCCUAGUGGGAUAAACCUCCCUCCUGCACUAGCAAGAGGAAUUAAUAAAUUCCCCACAGCUGGCUGUGCUCUACUAUCCUACACAUAGGAAAUGCCCUAGGCUGGGAACUCCACCUUCCCCAUUAACCUACUUUAAUUCAGCUGCCCUUUUCAGUGCUUAAUUUUUCUAUUUAUGGGACAUCAGUGCAGCAUAGUCAAGCGUUCUUGUAAAAGCUCAAACCAAACUAACAACAGAGAAACCCUCUUACCACUUAUUUAGGAACAAACUUAAUGGGGAAUCAGGUAGUGCUCUGGCAAUACAUUCGUGAUACGGUGUGGUCUCAGUCUCAGCCACAGGGUAAUUGUAAAAAUAAAAAAGUUCUUGUUUUGUGUUUAACUGUUUUUGAUCAUAUGCUUGGAUCUGUUCAUCGAGGUGGCACCAUAUAUCACUGCAAUCAGAGGUGAAACAGCUCCCUCUUUGGUCCAGCCCACUGUCUGGUUACUGUUGUUAUAAAUGAUUUGUACUAAAGUUGUGCUAAGAGGUCCCAUUCUAUUAGGCACUGUAGAAAUGCCCUGUAAGAGACAGCACCUUCCCCAAAGAAUUUAUAAUCCCAGGCUCCAAUCCUGCAAUUAAUAAAGUAUGGAUGAACAUGCUGCACAGCCUGGGG